CAUGCCGCCAGCUUGUUAUUGCUAAGAUGUUUAUCCGCCGUUAAAUUUGAUCGUUACUUUAUGUCAAAUGUAGUUUAUUCAAUUUGCCGUAAAGGCAGGGUGUUUCGUCGACAGGUGCCCUUCGGGGAAAGGCCUCACCAUUGCGAACAUAAUCCCGAUUAUGAUGCUGGGGCGGAAGCAGAGCCUCAAAGGGGAACCCGUCCUGGCCGAUUACGGCCCGGAAGAGUCCCUCAAUGAAAGCGCUGACAUAGAAUGGGUGAACAAGCUAUGGGUUCGAAGAUCGAUGAGGUUUUGCGCCCUCGUCUCGCUGGCCUCGGUUUGCCUGAACACCCCGAAGACCUUCGAGAAGGUCCCACCUCUUCAGUACGUGACCUUCGUCUGCGAUCUCGUGGUCACCUUCCUCUUCACUGCCGAAAUGAUCGCGAAGAUGCACAUACGGGGAAUACUGAAGGGAGAGGUGCCCUACCUGAAGGACCAUUGGUGCCAAUUUGACGCGAGUAUGGUGCUGUUCCUCUGGUUCUCCUGCAUCCUGCAGAUGUUCGAAAUGCUCGGCUUCGUCCUGAAGUUCAGCUGCGCCUCCAUCAUCAGGGCACCGAGACCGCUCAUCAUGAUCCGAUUCCUCCGCGUCUUCCUCAAGUUCUCCAUGCCCAAGUCGAGGAUCAACCAGAUCUUCAAGCGAUCGAGUCAACAGAUCUACAACGUCACCUUGUUCUUCUUGUUCUUCAUGUCGCUGUACGGACUGCUGGGCGUGCAGUUCUUCGGCGAGCUGAAGAACCAUUGCGUGCUCAACUCCACGGAUCCUAGCUACAUCACGAUAAACAGCAUGGCGAUACCGGACACCUUCUGCUCGACGGAUCCCGAGUCCGGGUACCAGUGCCCGGAAGGGAUGAAGUGCAUGAAAUUGGAAUUGUCCAAGUACAUCAUGGGGUUCAAUGGAUUCGACGAGUUCGCAACCAGCAUAUUCACGGUGUACCAAGCGGCCUCCCAAGAGGGCUGGGUCUUCAUCAUGUAUCGCGCCAUAGACAGUCUACCUGCCUGGAGAGCCGUCCUUUACUUCAGCACGAUGAUAUUCUUCCUGGCGUGGCUCGUCAAGAACGUCUUCAUCGCCGUUAUCACCGAGACCUUCAACGAGAUCAGGGUGCAGUUCCAACAGAUGUGGGGCGUGCGCGGUCAUAUCAGCAACAGCUCGGCCUCUCAGGUACGAGGAUCGUGCCGGCCUUGCUUGGACGUUUUUUAUCUUCUCUAUUAUUUUCAUCCAUCGCAGAUAUUAACCGGCGACGACAACGGCUGGAAAUUGGUAACCCUGGACGAGAACAAACACGGGGGCUUGGCGUCGCCCUUGUGUCAUGCUAUUCUCAGGUCUCCGCAAUUUCGCAUGGUGGUCAUGUGCGCCAUUUUGGCGAACGGCAUCACGACGGCCACCAUGAACUUCAAGCACGAUGAGAGGCCGAGGCACACUUAUUACGACAAUUACUAUUACGCGGAGAUAGCCUUCACGAUUCUGCUCGACCUCGAGACCCUCUUCAAGAUCUGGUGCCUGGGCUUCCGUGGCUACUACAAACACUCGAUCCACAAAUUCGAGCUCUUACUCGCCAUAGGGACGACGAUACACAUCCUUCCGUUCUUCUACCUCUCGGGGUUUACUUAUUUUCAAGUUCUCAGGGUGGUCAGGCUCAUCAAGGCGUCGCCCAUGCUCGAGGACUUCGUUUACAAGAUCUUCGGACCCGGGAAGAAACUCGGGAGCCUCAUCAUCUUCACGAUGUGCCUGCUGGUUAUUUCUUCCAGCAUCUCCAUGCAGCUUUUCUGCUUUCUCUGCGACUUUACCAAGUUCGAAACGUUUCCAGAGGCCUUCAUGUCCAUGUUCCAAAUUCUUACGCAAGAAGCUUGGGUCGAGGUCAUGGACGAAACUAUGCUGAGGACCCACGAGACCAUGGCGCCGUUCGUUGCCGUGUAUUUUAUUCUUUAUCAUCUCUUCGUCACUCUGAUUGUGCUGAGUCUGUUCGUCGCCGUGAUUUUGGACAAUUUGGAGCUCGACGAGGAUAUCAAGAAACUGAAGCAAUUGAAGUUCCGCGAACAGAGUGCCGAGAUCAAGGAGACUUUACCGUUUAGACUGCGUAUUUUCGAGAAAUUUCCGGACAGUCCGCAGAUGACGUGUUUGCACAAAGUGCCAUCGGAUUUUAACCUACCGAAGGUACGGGAGAGCUUCAUGCGGCAGUUCGUCUUCGAGGUCGAGGACGAGGAGAACGAGGGCACGAAAAGGAUCAACGAAACCUUCGACUCGAAAAUGGUUUACCGCAAGCAGCGCCCGGUAAAGAUACUAAACGAUCCGCCGAAGGUGAGGAACGUGGCGACCAGCUUGAAGAAGGCAGCCGUCGUCUACGUAAUCAACGACUCGAACAACCAGCGGUUAAUGCUCGGAGACUCGGCGAUGAUCCCCGUCCCGGGUAAAGGUCUGCUGAAGCCCCAAGGGACCGUCAGCAGUGCGAAACAACUGCGCAUAGAUCAGAAGAAGUCGAUUCGUCGCAGCGUGCGCAGCGGGUCCAUUAAGCUGAAGCAGACGUACGAGCACCUGCUGGAGAACGGCGACAUCGGGGCGAUUAACCGAGUGAGUUCGGCGCGCAGCAGACCCCACGACCUGGACAUCAAGUUGCUCCAAGCCAAGAGGCAGCAGGCGGAGAUGAGAAGAAACCAACGCGAGGACGAUCUGAGGGAGAACCAUCCCUUCUUCGAUACGCCCCUGUUCGCGGUACCUCGCGAGAGCAAGUUUCGAAAGAUCUGCCAGCUGCUCGUCUAUGCCCGGUACGACGCAAGAUUGAAAGAUCCGUUGACCGGGAAGGAGAGAAAAGUGCAGUAUAAGAGUUUACACAAUUUUCUCGGAUUGGUCACGUACUUGGACUGGGUUAUGAUAUGCGCCACCACGCUCUCCUGCAUAUCCAUGAUGUUCGAAACUCCGAGGUACCGCGUUAUGGAAAUCCCGGCGUUGCAGAUCGCCGAGUACGGCUUCGUGAUUUUCAUGAGCCUAGAGCUGGCUCUGAAGAUCCUGGCCGACGGACUCUUCUUCACCCCGAAGGCCUACAUCAAAGACGUAGCUUCCGUUCUAGACGUGUUCAUUUACGUGGUAAGAGUCGCGAGGCGAGCGAGGUCCGGGAUCGUCAUUCACCGGGAACGGGUUCGACUCUUUCAGGUCAGCCUGGUCUUCCUCUGCUGGAUGCCGAAAAGCGUCCCGCCCAACUCCAGCGCCCAGCUCCUCAUGAUUCUCCGCUGCGUACGACCGCUCCGAAUCUUUACCCUGGUGCCUCACAUGAGGAAGGUCGUCUACGAGCUCUGCAGAGGCUUCAAGGAGAUCCUGCUGGUAUCCACCCUGCUCAUCUUGCUGAUGUUCAUUUUCGCGAGUUACGGAGUCCAACUCUACGGCGGCAGACUGGCUCGCUGCAACGACCCCACGAUCCUCAAGCGAGAGGACUGCGUCGGCGUCUUCAUGAGGAGAGUCUUCGUGACCAAGAUGAAGCUCCAGCCUGGACAGAACGAGAGCUAUCCUUCCAUCCUGGUACCUCGAGUCUGGGCAAACCCUAGAAGAUUCAACUUCGACAACAUCGGCGAUGCCAUUUUGGCGCUCUUCGAGGUCCUCUCCUUCAAGGGCUGGCUCGACGUCAGGGACGUUCUCAUCAAGGCGCUGGGCCCGGUCCACGCUAUCUAUAUUCAUAUCUACAUUUUCCUGGGAUGCAUGAUCGGACUGACCCUCUUCGUUGGCGUCGUCAUCGCCAAUUAUUCCGAGAACAAGGGUACCGCCUUACUCACCGUCGACCAGAGACGCUGGUGCGACCUGAAGAAGAGACUGAAGAUAGCGCAACCUCUUCAUCUGCCCCCGAGACCUGACGGCAAGAAGUUCCGGGCCUUCAUUUACGACAUCACGCAGAACAUCUAUUUCAAGAGAUUCAUCGCCGUAAUGGUGCUGAUAAACAGUGCUCUUCUCUGCGUCUCGUGGAGAGUCGAAGAAGAGCACACCGAAGCGUUGGCGACCGUUUCGACGAUGUUGACGCUGAUCUUUCUAGUCGAGGUGAUCAUGAAGAACAUCGCGUUCACACCUCGCGGGUACUGGCAGUCCAGGAGGAACAGGUAUGACCUUUUGGUCACCGUCGUUGGAGUCAUCUGGAUAAUCGUGCACUGCACGAUGCAGAACGAUCUCUCCUAUGUGAUCGGCUUCAUGGUCGUGAUCUUGAGGUUCUUCACCAUCACCGGGAAGCACACCACCCUGAAGAUGUUGAUGCUCACGGUCGGAGUCUCCGUCUGCAAGAGCUUCUUCAUCAUAUUCGGGAUGUUCCUCUUGGUUUUCUUCUACGCUCUGGCUGGGACCAUUUUCUUCGGUACCGUCAAAUACGGCGAGGGCAUAGGAAGGCGUGCCAACUUCGAGUCACCGGUGACCGGAGUUGCGAUGUUAUUCCGCAUUGUCACCGGCGAGGAUUGGAACAAAAUCAUGCACGAUUGUAUGGUGCAACCGCCGUAUUGUACCCCAGCUGCCAAUUAUUGGGAGACCGAUUGCGGAAACUUCCAUGCCUCGCUGGUCUACUUCUGCACCUUCUACGUCAUCAUCACCUACAUCGUUCUGAAUCUACUAGUCGCUAUCAUCAUGGAGAACUUCUCUCUGUUCUACUCGAACGAAGAGGAUGCACUUCUGUCGUACGCGGACAUCAGAAAUUUCCAGAAUACCUGGAACGUGGUGGAUAUUCAUCAACGAGGAGUCAUACCAGUUAGGCGAGUGAAGUUCAUCCUGCGGCUACUCAAGGGAAGACUCGAGACGGAUCCACAAAAAGACAGGCUGUUGUUCAAAUAUAUGUGCUAUGAACUGGAGAGGCUACAUAAUGGCGAAGAUGUUACAUUUCACGACGUCAUUAACAUGCUAUCGUACCGCUCGGUGGACAUUCGCAAAGCUCUUCAACUGGAAGAACUUCUGGCACGAGAGGAGUUUGAAUACAUUAUAGAGGAAGAGGUGGCGAAGCAAACUAUAAGGACGUGGCUAGAAGGAUGCCUGAAGAAGAUUCGCGCCGUUGGUAAGCAGCAAAACAGUUUGAUCGCGGGCCUCCGUGCAACGAAUGAUGCAACGACUCCUGCGCAAGAUCAACCCGAGGAGAAAAGUAAAGAAAUCGGGCAGGAUCGCGAGGAAGAGGUCGAGGCGAAGGAGGUAGAUGGUCUCAAACACCGCAACAAGAAACCCGUCGUCCUUCCGAGGUCGGACAGUAUAGGAAGUGGUUCCGGCAGGAAAUAUCUCGCUCCUACUUUAUCAGACCCUGCGUCUGUCAGGACUGAUAAGGAAAAAAUUAGCGCAUCCAAGAAGAGGAAUAGUAGACCUUCUCCGACUGUUAAAAAUAAUUUGCCACACCUCACGGAAGGGACCGAACAGAGCAAGCAACCGAGAGAGACGGCGCAUUCUAAGGCACCUGUUCCGAAAACCUCCGCAGUCCUGGCAGAAGUUCGAGAAUGGUGGUGCGAUCAAUUGGCCUACAAUUCAGAAUCCAGUGACGAAGAUUCUUGAACUAAA